AUGGCGGAGCUCGACAAGCUCGCCAUCCGCGGCGUGCGGUCGUUUGAUCCCAAGUCGAUCAAUAUCAUCCAGUUCUUUAAGCCGCUGACGGUGAUUGUGGGGCACAAUGGCAGCGGCAAGACGACCAUCGUCGAGUGCCUCAAGUACGCGGCGACGGGCGACCUGCCGCCGAACACGAAAGGCGGCGCGUUUGUGUACGACCCCAUGCUCGCGGGCACCGACACGGUCAAGGCGCAGAUCCGACUCCGCUUCCGCAACACACACGGCGUGCGCAUGAGCUGCGUGCGCAACCUGCAGGUGUCCAAGAAGCGGGGCGGCGGCCUGACGAUGAAGACGCUCGAGGGCGUGCUUGGCGUCGACGACGCUGAGGCAGAGAGUGCGCACGCGACCAUCUCGACGCGCUGCGCGGAGCUCGACCAGGAGAUGUCGCUGCUCCUCGGCGUGUCGCCCGCCAUCAUCGAGAGCGUGUUGUUCUGCCACCAGGAAGAGUCGAACUGGCCGCUGUCGGAGCCGGCUGCGCUCAAGAAGCGCUUCGACGAUAUCUUUGAGGUGACGCGCUAUACCAAGGCCCUCGACUCGCUCAAGGCGCUCCGGAAGCAGCGCCUGCAGGACGCACGCGUCGACGACGCCGAGCUGCGUACGCUCCAGCAGGAGAAGGAGCGUGCAGACGCAACGCAGCGCACGAUCCACACGCUCGCUGCGACGCUCGCCGAAAAGGUCGCGGAGCUCGACGCGCUCGACGCACACGUCGCGAAAAAGACCGCAGAGAACAAGGCGCUGUACGACGCCGCGCUCGAAUUCCGCGACGUGAUCGGCCAGGCCGAGGCACUCGAGGAGCGCCUCGCGCUCUACGCCGAAAACCGCGACGCGCUCGCAGCGAGCACGACCCUCCUCGACGCGUCCGAAAGCGCCCUCGAGACGCAGCUCGGCACGCUCCCUGCCCAGCUCGAGGAAAAGCGCGAAAAACUCGACGAGAUGUACGCGACACUUGCGGCAGAAAAGGAGGAGCGCGCAGCGGCGGCCGCCGAGCACGAGCGCCUCCUACAGCAACACGGCGAGCAGCUCGCGGCACGCCGCGCGCUCGAACGGACGCUUGGCGCUGCGCGCGAGGACCUUGUGGCAACCGCCGCACGGUACGGCUUCGACGCAGAGGCACAGGAUACCCUGGACGAUGUAUAUACCCUAUGCGACGCGGUGCAGACGCAGCUCGCCGCGCACGUCCGCGCGGCAGACGCCGAAGACGCACGCCGCGACCGCGAGGCGCACGAGCGCGACACGGAGCUCGAACAGGCGUGGCAGCAGCAGCGCAGCGCGCUGCGUGACCUCCAGGCACAGUACGCACAGCAGACACAGACGCUCGACCGCCUCCAGGAGCGCAUCGCGGCGUGCGACCGCGAGAUGGAAGGCGGCGCGCCCGUCGUGCACUCGGACCGCCUCGCGGCGCUGCGGGAAAAGCAGGCGGCGCUCACGAGCGAGCGCACCGAAAGCAGCGCAGACACGCGGCGCGCACAGCUCGCCGACGAGAUCCACGCGCUCGAGCGCCGCCGCGACGCCCUCUCGAAAAGCGCCAUGGCGUCGAAUCAGACGGUCGAGCAGCGCGCGCUCCUCGCGCAGAACGAGCAGAUGCUCCAAAAGGACACGGCGGCCCUCGACGAGCUACUCGGCACGCUCGCCCCGGACGCCGAGCGGCUGCUCGAGGCGCUGCCCCCGGCGGCGCUCGCCGCGCGCGCAGCGUCGGCAGUCGCCGAGCACGAAACCACGGCUGCCAAGGCGGCCGCGGCCGCGUCCGAGCGCCAGCGCGUGCACGACCGCCUCGCCGCCUCGCUCGAGAUGCACGCGGCGCACGUCGCCGACGCGCAGCAGGCGUGCACUGCCCUCGAACAAGCACAGACGCCGGACCUCGACGAGGAGCUCAAGACGGCGCGCGAAGAGGUGCAGAUCCUGCAAGACUCGCUCGCGGUGCUUGAGCACGCCGCCGAGUUCUUUGAGCGGAUCCUUACGCAGGGCCGCGAGAAGCACGUGUGUAUCGGCUGCAACCGCGGCAUUCCGGACGCCAUUAUGCCUGCGUUUGAGCAGCAUGUGCAGGCGUCGAUGCAGCGCAGCACGCCGGCGCGGAUCGACGGCCUGCGCACGGACCUCCAGGCGUGGACCGAGCAGCUUGCCCAGCUCCAAGCCGCGGACGAGCAGCGCACCGAGCUCGCGACGCGCCGCGCGGCACUCGCGGCCGCCGAGGAGAAGCAGGCGCGCACCACCCGUGAGCUCGCCGAGGCCGCGUCGGCCAUGCACGAGGCGGCGCGCUCGGCAGCGGAUGCGCGUGCGCACCUCGAUGCGCUGCAGUCCCUCGCCACGCGCGCCGCACGCGCUCGCGACCUGCAAGACGCGCGCGACCGCCUCCAGGCGACUGUCGACGCGGCGCGCGCCGACUUGCAGGUCAGCGGCGCGGUGCCGAGCAGUGCCGACCUGCGCACGGAGCUCGAGUCGCUCUCGGAGCAGCUCAAGGCCGCCGCGUCCGAGCACGAGAGCCUCGUGCGCAGCCGCGACGCAGCACGCGACGUGCUUGCCAAUGUCGAGCGCGAGCUGCACGCGCUCGAGAUCGCGCACGCCGAGGCGCAGCAGCACGACGCCCAGCGCGAGGCGGCGCGCCGGCGGCGGCUCGAGCACCUCUCGGACCGCGACGAGGCGGACAAGGCGCUCCAGGCGCUCGACCGUGCGAUUGACGAGGCCGCGGCACCGAUUGCCGACGCACGCAAAGCCCUCGACGCGUUCCGUGCGGAGCGGCAGGCGGAGAGUGUGCAUGCACGCGAGGCGGCGCAACAGCGGCACCACGACGCAGCGCGCCUCGCCGAUGUGCACCAGCGCCUCGAGGCGGCGGCGGCUGAUGCGCCGCGCGGUGCGUCGGUAAAAGGUGCGCUUGCCGACGCCGCCGCGCGACGCGACCGCCACGCGGGCGCCGCCGAGCACUGCGAGCGGCAGGUGCAGUCGCUCGACCGCGACCUGCGCGACGCCCAGGCGACCGAGACGCGUCUGCGCGACAACCUGCGCUACCGACGCGUCCUGGCCGACAUGGCUGGUGUCGAGCGGCAGCUGCGGUCGCUGGACCUCGACGAGGCGCAUGCCAAGCACGCCGAGUUUACCGCGCAGUACGAUGCGGCGCGGCGCGAGGAGAACGAGCUGAGCGGUGCGGCGGCGCACCUGCGUGGCGAGCUGCGCGGCAUCGAGGCCGAGAAAGCGCGGCGCGAGCACGAGCUCGCCGACUAUGCGGACGUGCAUGCGCGCUACGUCAAGCAGCUUGUGCACAUCAAGGUCGCUGCGAUGGCCAACCACGAUUUGGAGACGUACAGCGGCGCGCUGCACCAGGCCAUCCUGCAGUUCCACGCGAUCAAGAUGGAGGAGGUGAACCAGACGAUCGACUACCUGUGGAAGAAGACCUACCAAGGCACGGACAUUGACACGAUCCUUGUCCGCUCCGAUACCGACGGCAAGGUCAACGCGAGUGGCCUGCGUUCGUACCAGUACCGCGUGUGCAUGGUCAAGGACAACGUCGAGCUCGAGAUGCGCGGCCGGUGCAGUGCCGGGCAAAAAGUGCUGGCGUGCAUCCUGGUGCGUCUUGCGCUCGCCGACUCCUUUGGCGCAAACUGCGGCUUUCUUGCGCUGGACGAGCCCACGACCAACUUGGACCGCGAGAAUGUCGAGGCGCUCGCCGCGUCGCUGGUCGACCUGAUCGCCGAGCGGCAGCACCAGCGCAACUUUCAGCUGGUGGUCAUUACCCACGACGAAGACUUUCUCUCACGCCUCUCCCAUACUGGCGCGUGA